UAUAUAACAACGGUUCCAAGCGUUUCAAUCCUUAUGUUUUGUGGUGCACUGCUAGAUUUAUAUUUGUGUUAACUUCAUCUUAAAAGUAAUUUUUCAAAAUGACCAUUGAUCCAGUGAAGUCUAUUCCUGCAUUUUACGCUGGACAAAGUAUACUACUGACAGGUGCAACAGGAUUUCUGGGUAAAACGUUUAUCGAAAAAGUAUUGCGAUCUUGCCCAGAUGUUCGUGAAAUAUUUCUAUUGAUGCGUCCGAAAAAAGGACUAGAUUUGAACGAAAGGCUCGAAAAAAUGUUAAAAUUACCGUUAUAUGAAAAAUUGUGCAACGAGCAACCUUCGGCUUUCGAGAAAUUAAUUCCGAUUUCUGGCGAUAUCAGAGAGAAAGAGUUAGGUUUAUCGGCUGCAGACAGGCAAAUGCUGAUUGAAAGAGUAACUAUAAUAAUUCAUGCAGCGGCAAGUGUGAGAUUUAAUGACAGUUUAAAAUGUGCCAUAUUUGCCAAUACCAGAGCAACAAGAGACAUUUGUAUUCUAGCACAAAGUAUGAAGAAUUUAAUAGAUUUAGUGUAUGUUAGUACAGCGUAUUUAAAUACGAAUAAUCCAAUUAUAGAAGAAAAAGUAUAUCCUCCUGUAACUAAUUGGCGGAAGAUGAUCGAAAUGGCCGAGUUACUGGAUGAACAUACUUUAAACAUUUUUACAGCUAAGUAAGUUACAAACAAAAAUUUGUUAUGCUUAUAAAUACAUGGAUAUACUACAUAU